CAGCAGCAGCAGCAGGCAGCAGAGCAAAUAGAAGAAGGCGGCAGGACAAGCGCAGCGCACCCACCCCAACCCAAUAAUCUCUCUUUCCUUUCUUCUUCCUCCCACCACCAGUCCACCACCACCACCAUCCUCUUCCCUUUCCCCCACGCCCCAAAAUCCCCUUCUGCGUCUCAGCUCUUCGGGAAGGAACAGGAAUAACCGGAUAAGGCCCAGGGCGGGCGCGGGCGCGGCUAUGAUCUCCUCUUCGACUUCGCCGCCGUCGUCCUCGUCUGCCGCGGCAGCAAGCCGCUCCGGUGGCAAUAAGCCGCCACCGCAGCAGCAGGCCAGCAAGUGGCGCAGCGGCACGCAGCAGAAGAUCUACGGGCGCCGCCUGCUGGACGCGCUCCGCGCCACGGGCGGCGGCCAGCCGCGCGCCGUCAAGGCCGCGGCCGACUCGGCGCUGGCGCUCACGGCGCGCGGCCAGACGCGCUGGAGUCGCGCAAUCCUGCUGGCCGGCGCCGCCUGCAGCCGCCGCCGCGUGCUUGUGAAGGCGGGCGGCAAGAUCCGGCGGCGCCACCGCCGGCCGCAGCAUGCCAAGAGCAAAGCUGCCGCUUUUGCAGGGGCGGCGGCCGAUUCGAAGGAGGGCGGCAAGGUGCAGGAGCGGCUCCGUGUGCUGGGCCGCCUCGUCCCGGGAUGCCGGAAGCUCCCGGCGCCAGAGCUGCUCGAGGAGGCGGUCGACUACGUGGCGGCGCUGCAGAUGCAGGUCAACACCAUGCGCGCGCUCGCCGACGCGCUGGCGGCCGCGCAGCUCUCCGACGCGGAGAGGUGAGGAGGAUUGAUUGGCCUGGCAGCCUGGCAAUGGCCCCAUGACAUGAUUGAUUGAUCACCAGCCGACCUGCAGCCAGCUGAUCGGGAUUGGGGAGGAGGGCGAUUGCAUUACUCUAUGGUAAUCAUUGCGUUCCGUUGCUUUGAUUGGGAACGAACGAUUAAAUGAUGGUGGGAUUGUCAUGAACUAAUGAUCCAUGCAUAUGCUCAUGGUUUGUAAAUUCCUUUCCUUGCUUGUUGACACUUCUCUUGUUACUGAUGGGUGGAUGAUCCAGCUACCGGAGACUUCUUUGUGCAAGUGAAUGCUGUUCAUCGUCUUGUAUUGU